AUGAGCCGAAAUUUUAGAAAAUGCGUCAUCUGCAACAAACAGGAGCAGAAAGACAAGACUAGUGGCAAACGGUUGUUUUUUACCACGUUUCCUUUGGAAGAAAGUCGUUGUAAAAAGUGGAUUACAUUAGUAGGCAAUCCAGAACUGGUAUUUUUACCAAUAGAAAAAUUGCACAAGAAUCGCUAUGUAUGUGGUGACCACUUUGACAAAAAACGAUUUCAACCGCAAAAAAACUCGUCUAAAAAAACUGCAAUUCCUACACUAAAAUUAACUGCACCACCUCUGACUGAAGAGCAGUUAAUUGAAUUUCCUUACCAUGCUUAUGGUUGGAAUAAAGAAAAGAAGUCAGCUGAGGUCGCUUUAACUAGCUACACUUUACAGCCUUCUACAAGUUUAACUUCACAGCCUUCCACAAGUUUAGCUUCAGAGCCUUCCACAAGUUCAACUUCACAACCAUUCUUUGUCAGAGUUGCAGACAAUGAUGUCGCACCUGAGAAACAAGAUAUCGACUGUUCUACAACCCAAGGUAUAAAGAGAAAACUGGACAAAAAUAUAGAAAUGACACCAAGGAAGAAAAAACUACUAAAGCAACUUAGAAAUACCAGGUGCACACUAAAGUCGAUGCGCAAAAGCGCUAACAUAAUCGGAAAUAUUGAAUCCACUGUAUUAAAAGACAUAGUCAUCUCAGCAUGCAAAAACCAAAAGAGAAAGACAACAGAACAUUUUAAAAAAAAUCCUAUGGAACCAGGAGUAAACAAAUCUGUUUUACAGUACUUAAAAGUAGUAGGCGAAGGAAAAGAUGCAAAAGAAAAAGUAUGUGCCUUACUUUUCGACGAGAUUGCGCUAAAACCUCGCUUAAUCUAUAACCCAGCUACUGACCAAAUAGAUGGAUUUCAAGAUUUAGGGAAUGCUAAAGGAGAAGGAAGGUCAAACAAAAUAGCAAACCAUGCACUUGUAUUUAUGAUACAAGGAAUUUAUAAAAAAAUUAAGCAACCAAUCGCCUUCUACUUUGUUAAAGGUACAAUUUCUUCAGAAAAACUUGCAGCAAUUGUAAAGGAAAUAAUAAAUGCAGUAGCUGCCACAGGUUACAGAGUUUUAACCACUGUCUGUGACCAGGGCUCUACAAAUAUGGGUGCCACUAAACUUUUAAAAAAGUUUUCUUCCAUCCCUGAGAGUACCAACAUAUGUGACCAUUCAUUCUUCUGCAAUGAUCAAGAAAUAUAUAUAAUGUAUGACAUGCCACACCUUUUC